AAGAUUCAGGAGUGGGACUGAGGAGGUUCCAGGAGACAAAAGAAUAGGGUCAGAGAGUAUGGUUAGAAAAGAUGACAGCUGAGACAGAAGGUGAGCUGAGCCAGAGAAGAUAUUUAGGAGACAGGAGAAGAACCCACAAAUGAAGUAGUAAAUAAGAAGUAACAGUAAAAGCUACAGUUGGUGCCCAAAGUGGGGCAAUUUGUAGGAAAAAGAAACAUUAAAAGACAAAUGGCCACCAAUGUGGCAGGGCAGCAAGGAAGGCUUGGUUUCAAGUACAGUAGAGCAAAAAGGCUAGAAAGGAGGAAUGGGUAGAUACUUUGUUUCAAAAGCCAUCAGGGUGUUUGCUGAGCCUGGGAUAUGCUUCCCAUGGUUUUGGCAGCAAGUUUGCUGCUGCUGCUGCUUUUCCUCCUUUUGGGGUAUUUUGUUUAUAAAAGACUAGCUGAGCAACUUGGAGGAGGGGGACAGGUGAAAUUAAAAUUAAAGAAACUUGCUCUUCUCUUGCUGUCUUCUCUUGCUCCUUGCUCCCUUGCUCUUCCCCUUUGUUCCUUCUCUCCCCAUUCCCCUCCCCCUUCCCUCCAUGUGCUCAUGGGGGGCCUUUACUCCUCCCCUCUUCUACUCUGUUUAUCUCAUUAAACCUUUCCACGUGGAAAAAAUAAAAGAAACUUGGUGGGUCUGGUGAGGUGGCUCAGCGGUUAAGAGCACAGGCUGCUCUUCCAGAAGUCAUGAGUUCAAUUCCCAGCAACCACUUGGUGGCUCCCAACCAUCUACAGAGGGAUCUGAUACCCUCUUCUAGUGAAAGAAUAAAAGAAAAAGUCCCUAAGGUUUUAUGAAGCUAUGGGAACAUAAACCUCUGAAACUUUCCAGGAAGAGGGCUGUUGGCCAAGGACAUCUGGUACUUGAUAAAGAUUCUCAGAAAUUUAGAGAUAGGGCCUGAAACUGGCAGAUGGGCAGUAACUGUUCCUUGAACCCUGGUUGUGGUGAGCUGAUAUUUGCUUAAGUUUAAACGAGCCAAUCAGGUGUAUUCCCUCGCUCCCCUUCCCAUGUGUGGUUUUUAUGCUUAAAAGUGCGAGUGCAAUGCAGCUCGGGGCUCCUCUCCUCUGCUCCUGCAUGAGUUACAAGUUGAGCCUCAGUGGGCUGAUUCCUGAAUAAAGCCUCUUGCUGAUUGCAUCAAGAAUCUCCUCUGGCUGGUGAUUGGGGGUUGCUGAUAUCCCAAGUGACUGAGUCUCCCUCACUUGGAAUUGGAAGUUCCACUUAACUCUCCUGCCCAGCUACAGGCUGAUCAGCUCUUGAUUAACCAAGCAGAGAUGAUAAAGAACAAUUUUCACACAACAUGGAGAUGGGAGAUGCUUCAAUAAUAAUGACAAGGCCGAUGUCCAGACUGCAACCAGAUCUCUGGGGUACAGAAAUCAGCAUCUGAUAAAGAUGGCGACGCCGUGAGUAAGUUACAAGUAACUCCACUUCCGCAAUUUUCUUGAGCCCUGGUCCAAGAUGGCGGACGAGGCCACCCGGCGGGUCGUGUCUGAGAUCCCGGUGCUGAAGACUAACGCCGGACCCCGAGAUCGGGAAUUGUGGGUGCAGCGACUAAAGGAGGAAUAUCAGUCCCUUAUCCGGUAUGUCGAAAACAACAAGAAUGCGGACAAUGAUUGGUUCCGACUGGAGUCCAACAAGGAAGGGACCCGGUGGUUUGGAAAAUGCUGGUACAUCCACGACUUCCUCAAAUACGAGUUUGACAUCGAGUUUGAAAUUCCUAUCACAUAUCCCACUACUGCUCCAGAAAUUGCAGUCCCUGAGCUGGAUGGGAAAACGGCAAAGAUGUACAGGGGUGGCAAAAUAUGUCUAACUGAUCAUUUCAAACCUUUGUGGGCCAGGAAUGUGCCCAAGUUUGGACUAGCUCACCUCAUGGCCCUGGGGCUGGGUCCUUGGCUGGCAGUGGAAGUCCCUGAUCUGAUUCAGAAGGGUGUGAUCCAGCACAAAGAAAAAUGCAACCAAUGAAGGAUGAAGCUUCUGAGGCAGGACAGAGGGACUGUUGCUAGACUCUGAUUCUGUUUCCUCCUUUCUCAUGAUUCCUUCAAGGGUCACCUCUGGCCAUUACAAAGUAGCUGGAGGGACAAAUAACAAAACCCAACAAAAGGGCAAGGUCACAAAGUUGCUAAAUUAAGCUGUACAGAGAGGUGAAAGAUUUGGGCCUUGAAAGAGGCGGUUUGUAUCCCUUCUCCAAGCAGAGCCCUGGAGGCAUUUUGGAGACCUGGGGUGUAACUGACAGCAUAUAGCUUUUUGAUUUCUGGAGACAACCUGUCAAUAAAAGCUGCUUCCCAUGGUG